AUGUCAGAUUCAGGUUUUACAGAGUCAGGUACGGGAGGUGAUGUUUUCAAAGUUAAUUUGAACGAACAAUUUGAAGGAGCAGAUAUGGUUUGGGUUGCAACCGCUUCAGCUUUAGUUUGGAUUAUGAUUCCAGGUGUUGGAUUAUUAUACAGUGGUUUAUCAAGAAAGAAACAUGCAUUAUCUCUAAUGUGGGCUGCGUUGAUGGCUGCUUGUGUAACAGCUUUUCAAUGGUUCUUUUGGGGUUAUUCAUUAGUAUUUGCUCAUAAUGGCUCAAAAUUCUUAGGUUCAAUGUCAAACUUUUGUUUAAUGAAUGUUUUGGGAGCUCCAUCAAUUGUUAAAACUUUACCAGAUAUUUUAUUUUGUUUAUAUCAAGGUAUGUUUGCUGCUGUUACUGCGAUUUUAAUGGUUGGUGCAGGAUGUGAAAGAGCAAGAUUAGCUCCAAUGAUGGUCUUUUUAUUCAUCUGGUUGACCGUUGUUUAUUGUCCAAUUGCUUAUUGGACUUGGGGUGGUAAUGGUUGGUUAGUUAGUUUAGGUGCUUUAGAUUUUGCAGGUGGUGGUCCAGUUCAUGAAAAUUCAGGUUUUGCAGCUUUAGCUUAUUCAUUAUGGUUAGGUAAAAGACAUGAUCCACUAACACAAGGUAAAGUUCCAAAAUAUAAACCGCAUUCAGUUUCGUCAAUUGUGUUAGGAACUGUCCUACUCUGGUUUGGCUGGUACGGCUUUAAUGGUGGUUCUACGGGCAAUGCCUCUAUUAGAUCAUGGUAUGCAUGUGUCAAUACAAACAUUGCUGCAGCAUGUGGUGGUUUAACUUGGAUGUUUGUAGAUUAUUUUAGAACUGGUAAAAAAUGGUCAACUGUAGGCUUAUGUAUGGGUGCUAUUGCAGGUUUAGUAGGUAUUACACCAGCUGCUGGUUAUGUUCCUGUUUAUACAGCAGUUGCUUUUGGUAUUGUGCCUGCCAUCAUUUGUAAUUUUGCUGUUGACUUAAAAAACAUUUUGCAAAUUGAUGAUGGUAUGGAUGUUUUCAGGUAAGUAAAAACAAUUCAAACACGAUCAAAGAGCUUUUACUAACUAAAUUUUGCUUACACGGAUGUGGUGGAUUUGUAGGAAAUUUCAUGACCGGGUUGUUUGCUGCAGAUUAUGUUGCAGCUAUUGAUGGGACUGAAAUCGAAGGUGGUUGGAUGAAUCAUCAUUGGAAACAACUCGGUUAUCAAUUAGCAGGAUCAGUAUCAAUAGCAGCUUGGUCCUUUGUUGUUACUUCGAUUUUGUUAUUGGCUAUGGACAGAAUUCCAUUUUUAAGAAUUAGGUUACAUGAAGAUGAAGAAAUAUUAGGUACAGAUUUAGCACAAAUUGGUGAAUAUGCAUAUUAUAACGAGAAUGAAGACCCUGAAACGCUUCCUUAUUUAUUAGAACCAGUUCGUACAACAAAUGCAAUUAAAGAGAAAUUGAAAACUUCAACUACAAAAGAACAAGAACCAGAACAAAUUGAUGGAGUAACAGAAGGUGAUAGAUCAUUAAGUCCAGAUGGAAUUGAAACUGAUGAUUCUAAAAAAUAA